UCUCGUUAAGAUCUUCGUGUUUGCGUUUCCCGGAUGUGUGUGCGGCGAGGGGCGGCGGAAAGGAUGUCUCGCUCACUGUCCCCCACGCAGCAGAAAAUUGCCGAGAAGCUGAGCAUACUGAAUGACAGGUGCACCGGCAUACUCACCAGGAUAUACAACAUAAAGAAGGCAUGUGGGGAUGCCAAAUCCAAACCUGCAUUUCUCUCCGACAAAAGUUUGGAGUCAUGCAUCAAGCACAUCAUCAGAAAGUUCCCAAACAUAGACAGCAAAUCACUCCAGGCACUGACCAGUGUCCGGACAGACAUCAUGAAGUCCCUGUCACUUUAUUACUACACCUUUGUGGACCUCCUUGACUUGAAGGAUCACAUCUCAGAGCUCCUCACCAUAAUGGAUGCCCUUGGGAUGUCAGAGUCACUGGAUAUUAAUGUGAGCUUUGAGUUGACCAAAGGCUACCUGGACCUGGUGACCAACUACGUGACUCUCAUGAUUCUGUUGUCUCGUGUGGAGGACCGCAAGGCUGUCUUAGGGCUCUUCAAUGCUGCCCAUGAAAUGGUUAACAACCAAGGGGAUCCAAGUUUUCCACGCCUUGGCCAAAUGAUCAUGGACUAUGAAACACCCUUGAAGAAACUGAAUGAAGAGUUCAACCCCCAUGCCAAACUGCUUUCUGUGGCACUGAGCUCCUUGUGGGUGCUUUAUGGCCGCAGAAACUUGCGAGCCGAACAGUGGAGAGCUGCACAAAUGCUGAGCCUCGUGAGCAAUUCCAAUCAGCUAUUGAAUCCAGCGCAGACUGAUGUGCUGCCAUGCGAGUACCUGUCACUGGACGCGAUGGAGCGAUGGAUCAUCCUUGGCUAUAUGCUCAUACCACAAACCCUGCAGAAGCCCCAGGCCCUUGACUGCUGGACACAGGCACUGCAGACUGGCUGGGCCAUUACUCUCUUCAGAGAUGAAGUUUUACAUCCACAUUCUUACGUCCAGUCAUUCCUCGAGACCAAGAAGGAACUAAGUAAAAGAGUGUCGGACGUAAAAGAGAGUUACUCCCAAGCUGUUACACAUGCGCCACUGAUGCACCGUGAGCGGCGUAAGUACCUCCGCACUGCCAUGAAAGAGCUGGCCCUCAUCCUUACAGACCAGCCAGGACUGCUGGGGCCCAAAGCUCUCUUUGUCUUUAUGGGCCUCAGCUUUUCCAGGGAUGAAGUUUUGUGGCUCCUUCGUCACCAUGAAAACCCCCCACUGCACAAAGUGAAGGGAAAAAAUGCAGAUGACCUUGUUGACCGUCAAUUGCCAGAGUUGCUUUUCCAUAUGGAGGAAAUCAGAGCCCUGAUCAAAAAGUACUCUCAGGUAUUACAACGCUAUUACACUCAAUACCUGUGUGGUUAUGAUGCUAUUGCUCUCAACCAGCUGAUACAGGAACUACAAGGAUUACCAGAAGAAGAAUCAAUAAUUUUGUCAUCAAUGUGCAAUGAAAUUGGAAACUUGUCUGUCAAACAAGUAGAGGAAGGCACUCCCUUUGAUUUCCGUGGCAUCCGGCUUGACUGGUUCAGACUGCAGGCAUACUCCACUUCCAACCGGCCAGGCCUAAACCUCAUGGAGAAGCGGGAGUUGCCAUCGCUCAUCAACCAGAUCAUAUUUCGCACCAAGAUGGUGGACUACCUCGAUGAAAUGUUGAUUGAAACAUCAGAUCUUUCAAUUUUUUGCUUUUUCAGCAAGCAGUUUGAGGAGAAUUUUCACAUGUGCUUAGAAUUUCCUGGUCAGAAUCGGUACAUUAUCGCCUUCCCAUUGAUAUGCUCACACAUGCAAGCCUGCACACAUGAAAUCUGCCCAGAGGAGCGGUAUCACAUCCGAGAGAGGAGCCUGUCUGUGGUCAACAUGUUUCUUGAGGAAAUGGCCAAAGAGGCUAAGAACAUCAUAACGGCAAUAUGUGAUGAACAAUGCAUAUUAUCAGACAAGCUUCUCCCCAAACACACAGUCUCACUUCUUGAACAAAAGAAGAAAGAAAAGAAGAAAAAGAAGGAAGACACCACGGAAGGACGGCCAGGCUAUGAGAGUCACAGGAAGACGAGAGAGGAGCUCACCACGAUGGAUAAACUUCACAUGGCACUGACAGAACUGUGCUUUGCCAUCAAUUACUGCAGCCAAGUUCAAGUGUGGGAAUACACCUUUGCUCCCCGAGAGUAUCUUUACCAGCACUUGGAACAAAGAUUCUCGCGGGCCUUGGUGGGCAUGGUCAUGCAUAACCCCGAGACCAAUGAGAUUGCCAAGCCUUCAGAAUUGCUGGCCAGUGUCAAGACAUACAUGAGUGUUCUGCAGACUGUUGAGUAUUAUGUGCACAUAGACAUCACAAGGGUGUUCAACAAUGUGCUCCUACAACAGACUCAGCUCCAGGACAGCCAUGGAGAGAAGACAAUCACGGCACACUACAACACAUGGUAUUCGGAAGUCCUCCUUCGCCGGGUCAGUGCUGGCCACAUCGUCUUCUCCAAGAACCAGCGUGCCUUUGUUUCACUGACUGCAGAAGGUGCCCAGCCUUUUCCUGCUGAAGAGUUCUCAGACAUCAAUGAGCUGAGGGCACUGGCAGAGUUAAUAGGGCCUUAUGGAAUGAAGGCUCUCAAUGAAAACUUGAUGUGGCAUAUUGCAAAUCAAGUUCAGGAGUUGAAGAAACUGGUGGUGCUUAACAAGGAUGUUUUGCUGUCCAUGAGAACUAAUUUUGAUAAACCGGACCAGAUGAAAGAAUUGUUCAAGAAAUUGCAACAGGUGGAUAGUGUCUUAUCAAGAAUGCAGAUAAUUGGUGUCAUCCUCUGCUUCCGACAGUUGGCUCAAGAAGCAUUAGCAGAUGUUCUUGACAACCGAAUUCCUUACCUCAUGUCAUCCAUAGCAGACUUCAAGCAUCAUGUGCCCAAUGGAGAUACCAUGAUUGAGAACAUUAAGCUACAGCUUGUCAAUGAGAUGUCAUCAGCUGCCGGACAUCCGUGUGAUGUGGAUCCAGCACUGGUCAAUGUGUUAAGGUCACACAAAAAUGAGGUGCCAGAUGAAGAAUUCAUCAUCACAUGUUUAUUGAUGGUGUUUGUCGCUGUUUCCAUUCCCAAGUUGGCUCGCCAGGAUAAUACAGUUUACAGAACUGAAUAUGCAGCACAUGCCAACAACUCCCACUGUCUGGCCCAGGCUGUCAACACAUUGUUUGCUGCACUCUUCACAUAUUGUGGGAGAGCACAAGACAUUGAAGAAAGACUCAAGGAAUUUUUAGCUCUUGCAUCAUCCAGUCUUCUCCGCCUGGGUCGAGAAAACGACAAAGAUGUUAUAAAGAACCGAGAUGCCACAUAUAUUUUGCUUCAUCAGAUUGUUGUUGAAUCACCCUUCUUAACAAUGGAUCUUCUAGAAGCCUGUUUCCCAUAUGCACUGAUUCGCAAUGCCUAUCACACGGUUCAUAAGACCUCUGCUACUGCAACAUGAGUAUAAGCAACCCCUCAGAGCCCAGCAGUACAUGCUAGUACACUGAGCACUUCAUUUAUGCUUCUAAAGUUGCUAGGGCUCAGUAUCUGUGAAUUUGAGGUGUUUUCAGCAACAAAUGUGAUGUAGUUUAUUAUAUAUAAGGAUAGGGAUUUUGUAGUUCAUUUUUUAUAUAUGACGUGACCUUUGACAUUUACCAUUCCAGCUCAUGUUUUCUGAGUGGAUUAUUUGAUACAGUAUUAUAUGUAGACAUUUUCCUUUACCUCUUUGACACUGCACAAAAACUUUCACCACAGACUUUCUUGUAUUGAACAGUGACCUACAUAUGACAGUUAUUGUAAGACCCUUGAAUUUUCACUUUUAAUAUUUAAAAUUAAGCCAUCUGCUUACUAGUCUCAAUAAUGUAGCCCUAAGUAUUAGUGGAUCUCAGUUCCAGCAACAACUCUGUAUGUUUGUGAGGCAUACUCUUAGCAAAAUACACCAGGCAGGAGACGCAAUCAUCUGUGAAUAUUAUAGGCAAGGGUUAUCUACUAUCUGCAAAAGUAGUUUCAUCCCUGUGAGUAUGAUCAAGUAUGUAAUAUUGGAGUGAUUGCUGUGCUUAAAUUGACGUAUAUUUGUAAAAGUUGCAAUAUGUCUUGUAUGUUCCAUUAACAAGUGGGGUGAAGAUUUAUUUUUCUGAUUGUUUGUAUUUUGUGAUUUAAAAAGAUACAUAAUGCCAGUUUACUUUUCCUGAAAUAGUGAAAUGCCUCAAGGCAUUUGUCUCAUCACCACCACAGUUUCUUCUUAGUGACUCAAGUGUUGCAAAGUUUCAUAUUUAUUCAUCAGUAUCAUACAGGUUAAAUAUGCAUUGUUUGCUCAAGACUAGUGCUGUAGAAAAGUUUGAAAUAUGGAAAGUCAGAUUGCACAUGUAAUUGUAUCAUAUUGAAGUGAUUCUAUUCUUUCUUACUGCAGUUGGUCUUCUCUGUGUCAAGUGCAUGUAGUUUGAUAUGUUCAACUUCUGAAACUUACCCACUUGUGAAAGCAGUCUUAUGAGAACAUGCCACAAUCCUUCUUCCUAGUGAAAUGACAGUAAUAAAAGUUGAUGUAGGAACAGAAAGGACAGUUAAAGCUAUUUAUCAUGAGGUAAAAUACCAAAUCUCAACCUCAUUUUGUUACAUAUUCAAACAAAUAUUAUUCACCGGAAAAGUUGACCUCUCAAGGAAAAGGCCCCAGUUUUUUAACUGCAGAUUUUUUUCAAUUCCAGUAUUGAAACCACAACAAAAGUAUUUUGUAGUAUUGUAACAUCAAACUAAAGAUCCAUCAUGGCUGUAGGAAAGCUUUGGCUGGACAGUAAACCCUCCAUAAAUCAGACUAGUUAGGGGAAAUGGCUGAAAAUCCGAAAUAUAUGAAUAAAAAGAAACGUGCGUGGUCAAGCAAGAUUGUGCCAGAGUUGAUUAAUUCUGAUUAAUUAUUGCAUUAAAGUUUAAGAUGCCAAACGGGAGCUGGAGCAGAGCAGGGCUGUAUAAAUAUAAAUUCAUAUGGCUCAGGAGUACAGUCUUUAGCAAUGGAGCAGCGAGGGCGAGGUGGUGGCAGUGAGGGAACCAAAUGUGAACAGUGCUCGGAACAGAGAAGUAUGAGGCACAUGAGGAUAGCUAGUUUUGGGUGAAUAAGUUACGAGUUGCAUCUGGUGCACAUAAAUCUAAACUAUUGUUGAAUUUCAAGAUUAAUUUAACUUCCCACUGUGUCUCUUUAUCAUUGAAAAAUAUAAUCAAUCAAUGAGUGGUUGCAUUCUUCUUGCCCUGCACCAAUGGGGGUUCAGGAGAAACAUGAGAGACAGGCAAUCUUUGUUUUGAGAUGACAUGGUUCAAACUUGCGCUAGAUAACUAGCUAUAAACCAGAUCUUCGACUGAAUUACAAUAUUCAUCCCUAUGCUGUCUGGACACUUGCUGUACAUCCCACAUUUUAGACCAAUUCUCAGAUAUGUGUCCAGAACCCUGAAAGAGUCUGAUUUAUCUGGCAUCCGAAAUUCAUAGGUCCAAUUUACAGAGGGUUUACUGUAAUGAGGAACGACUGCAAGAAUAUUUUGUGUACUGUACAGAAUCAUCAUAAGUCAUUGCACAUCCAUGUAACAAUAUGUGUACAGCACUGGAUCUGAUCUAUACCCAAUGCUCUACUACUAGUAAAAAUUCUUGAAGUGACAUUUCAGAGAUAGAAGAAAUAGUUGAAAAGAGUGGACAUUGGCUUUUGUACAUGACAUUAAUUCCCAGUUUUAUAUUUUCAAUACCCUUCGUACCUAAAGCCACAGAAAUGUAUUGUUGAAUAACCCCUGGCUAUUACAGUUGGAAGAUACUAUUCUUACUGUAUACUAUUAAUAGCGGUUUAACAUGGCUACAUUCUUUUAUUUUAUACAUAUACAUCAUCCGGUUGUCUUCCCAUGAAAAUUAUGAUGUUAGAAAAUUAAAUCAUUGUGUGUUUGGUAUUGAAAAAAGCUUAAAUAUUAAAUUAAAUACAUGUGCAAUUUUAAUAAUCUGAGUAAAUUUUUUAUGCACACAGUGUAUGUUUGUUUAUUUAUUUAUUUGGUCAGUAAUUGUUGAUAUACAUUACUUUAACAAUUAAAACCUUAAUUUUUGUGUUCUGCAGUGCCAAGGUGUAUUUCUGUAUUCAUGUGUUACCUGAACUGAAUUCCCUAUUUUCUUAAAUUAUGAUAUGUACAAAUCUUAUCCUGUUCUAUCACAGUUUUUGCAUGAGUGGGUACAUGAAGCAGGUCUGAGUAAGAUGCCCUAAAUAAAGUUUUACAUUACAUCAACUAAGCCGGCCACUAGUCUGUUGCUGUCUGUGGCAAACACUUUGAUGAGAAAGUUGAGGAUCAGUGCAGCACAAAGUACCCCACCAGGAGGCUGCUGAAUACAGGCUUUGCAUCUAGUGCCUCUCCUCCAGGAUGGAUUUAGGUUAUCUCUGCAGACAUUAAGAUAGUGCAUGUGCUCUCACUCCUUGAACCUGCUCCAACCCUAACCCUCAAAUGCUCCCACAUGGCUGGUUAGUAAUGGACUAAUGUAAAUCAUCAACAGUUUGCUUGAGUUUUGUCACUGUGUAGCCUGCAUAUUUAGAAACAUAUAUUGAUAUCAAUGGGCUAUUCCAGAAAUGUAUAUUACCACAUACAAAAAAAAAUGUAGAGCACUUCCCAUGUUGGCAAAAAUAUCCAACAUUUAUUCCCUUUACAGCAUCCUGACAGGGUUAUUGAUGAAAUCAUGCAUGUAUCACCUCAUGGGCAAUAUUGAGCAUCAAGGAUAAAGCUUUCCACAUCACUGCCUGUCUACUAUUGUUCUUUCUAUUCUAUUGCCUAAUCCCUUCUUUGCUCUAUAUCCUAACACUCCAGGCUCUGCUGCAAGUUUGAACUCCACUUCCCUCCCACAACAUAUCCAUAUACUUUCCAGCAAAUGUGUCUCUCCUGCCUCCCCCCUGACCCCCCAAAAAAGUACCACUAAUCUUAUUCCCUCUCCAUUGUCUUUGGUUUCUCCUUUUUUCCCUCCUCAAAAGGUCUGUACUCUUUAUGACUCCCAUUCUGACUCCCCUGCUGAGACUGCCUCCACCAUUAAUACAUUUGUAGCUCAACCUUACCUUCUGAUAAUGUCCCAGUCCCACCCCGGCCCUUUACUUCAUCACCCCCAACUUCUUGCUCUCUCCUGAAGUUUGCCAUUCCCCUCAUGACCUUCCCCAGUUCCCUACCUUCAGUCUCCUCUUUCUCACCCACCUCUGCCUCCCAUCCUUCCUCUUCCCCUCCGCUUCCCUCCCCCUUUCCCCCUCUGUUCCAUCUAGCUCUACUUGCUUACCCCUGACCUAGCAUCACUCAUGGCUCCCUCUUGUCCCACCUUUCUUUCUCCUACUCAGAUGUUCCUCCCACUUUCCUAUUUCCCAGUUCUGAUUCUUCUACCCUUCUGUCUGUAGCUGCUUUAUUUCCACCAUUAUCACAUGCAGCUGAUUUUGCUUGCAGAACCACCACACUACCUAGACAGUAAUAUUUCUAUCCCUUGAUGUAUCCUCACUCCAUUUGUUCCGACUCUUAAUAAAGCUUACAGGUUUGUUCAUAAUACUGUAUCAUCUUUUCAUAUAUCUCUGUUACUUCCUUUACUUUAUCAUUCACCUCAACCUGAUAAUUCUCAUAUGACCUCUUAUGUCUGGCAUGCAUGUAUUUUCCAUUAGCACAAACUUCUCAAUCACUGAAGGGGGCAGCUUUGCUCCUGACUGCUAAUUACAUCCCCAAUGAGCUGAUAAAAGUGUGAGGUUCAUCAGUUAUUUCACCAGUAAGCUGUAAGUCACAUGAGCUAAUGGUGCUGCUCCUUAUCGCUCCAUACAGGUUGUGUUCUGUUUCUUUCCAUAAAUGUGGUAACGGUUUUAUAAAUAACAUUAAAUAAUUUUAUCCUUUUUAAGAAAGUGUAAUGAUUGACAAAUGAGUGUUUUUUUUUUACAUUAGUGUCAUGUAGAAAAAACUAAGCUAUUUAAGUACAAUAUAUAGCAUGUUUUUUUUUUCUUUUUAGUCUAUUCUGCUUCAUAAAGAUUAUGUACCAUAUAUGCACCUGUAAGUUUCUUUGUUAUUUAUAUUUUCAGCAUUAUCA